CAGGAAGUUGUCUGACGUAGAAAGUGGGAAAUUCAAAAUUCAAAACAUUUUUGAAUGAAAUAUGUUUGGGCAAUUUUAGUUUUAUAUCGGAUUACACACCUAUGAACGGAGUAAACCAUUGUCUCUUUUUAAUGUUAAAUGUACGUUCUUUGUUGUUUUAAAUUAGCUUUAUCGGCGUUUUAAAGCGAACAAUCACUGGAGAACAGCUGUUCUAAGAGGCCCACAGUAUGCCUACAGACAACACCUCUGAACUUCUCAAGCACUAUGAGGUUUACGAAACCAUUGGCUCAGGGGGGUUUGCCAAGGUCAAACUUGGCAGGCACUUACUGACAGGAGAGAAAGUGGCCAUCAAAAUAAUGGAGAAGAAGGACCUAGGGGAUGACCUGCCACGAGUUAAAACAGAGAUUGAGGCUAUGAAGAACCUCAGUCAUCAACAUGUUUGUCGUCUCUACCAUGUCAUCGAGACAUCCAGCAAGAUCUACAUGGUGCUUGAGUACUGUCCUGGAGGAGAACUGUUUGAUUACAUCAUUGCUAAAGACCGGUUAUCAGAGGAGGAGGCUCGAGUGUUUUUCCGUCAGAUCAUCUCUGCUUUGGCCUAUGUUCACAGCCAGGGCUAUGCCCACAGAGACCUCAAACCGGAAAACCUGCUAAUUGAUGAAGAUCAUAACCUAAAACUCAUUGACUUUGGUCUCUGUGCCAAACCGAAGGGCGGUUUGGGUUAUGAACUGAUGACCUGCUGUGGCAGUCCAGCAUACGCAGCUCCAGAGCUCAUUCAGGGCAAGGCGUACAUUGGCUCUGAGGCUGAUGUAUGGAGCAUAGGUGUGUUGCUAUAUGCUCUCCUGUGUGGUUUUCUACCAUUUGAUGACGACAAUUGCAUGGUCCUCUACAGAAAAAUCACACGAGGCAAAUACAGCAAUCCACAGUGGCUUUCACCUGCUAGCAUUCUGCUUCUAAACCAUAUGAUGCAGGUGGACCCAAAGAGGCGUUUGACAGUAAAACAGUUGCUUGAUCACCCCUGGGUUAUGAAGGGUUACAGUACACCAGUAGAGUGGCACAGUAAACACUCUUUGGGUCACAUAGAUGACGACUGUAUUACUGAAAUGGCAGUGGCUUUCAAACAGUCCAGACAUCGCACAAUCCAGCUUGUGUCAGAGUGGAAGUAUGACCACACGACAGCCACCUACCUUUUACUGCUGGCUAAAAAGCGUCAGGGUCGUCCCGUGCGUCUAAGACCAGAAUGCCCUGUGCUUGACCUCACCUACUCCCCUUUACAGGACAUACAACUGAAGAAGAAUCUAUGCUUCAGUGAGGAUGAUGAUGGUGUUCACCUAGUGGUGCCUGGCUCUUUGGUCUUCCUCCCUCAUUGCUACAAUGACGAGAAUCCCUGGACCCCUCUCACGCCCAAGAACACACACACCACAAACACUCCACGCAUGAAAAAUACCUCCGAAACAUCAGAGAAGCGGAAUGAAAUAGGCCACUCCCCCUUCAUAGACCAAGGCAGGCCCCGCCCACUGAAGCCAGAGAGACGCGAUGGGACGAGAGAAAAUAAAGAGAAUCUUGCCGUAACCAGCGCAGAUGGAGAUGGUUUUGCUCUGCCUGCACCCCGAACUCCAAUGUGCAGUAGAAGAGCCCGAACCAACAGAACUGCGACAACACCCAACAACGACAUUACAAACACAAGUAGUAAUGCAAACAAUGGAGUGGGCAGUGCUUCUAAAGAAGUGUCCCGCAGGAGAGAGUUGGACAAACAGCAGAGCAGCCAGCAAGGAGAGCUGGAGAUACUGGCUUUCAGCCCUGAGAGGAGGUCUCGAUCUCUGGACCUGGCAGGCUGUCAGGUGGACAGUGGGCAGAAGCGUAAAGGUGGGAAGGUGUUCGGCAGUCUGGAGAGAGGCCUUGAUAAAGUUAUCACAAUGCUCACACCCAGCAAGAAGAGAGGACUGCAAGAUGGGCCACGCAAAAUAAAGGCUCACUACAACGUGACGCUUACCAGUCAGACUAAUGCAGACCGAGUGCUCAAUCAGAUUCUCAGCAUCUUACCGGAGAAGAAUGUGGACUUCGUUCAGAAGGGAAGUCAGAGGUGGUUGGGAUUCGUCGGCAACGGCUCAAAGGUGACGCCUGGGUGUACAAGCAUCUGGUAGAGAACAUCCUUUCCACAUCCAGCAUCUGAUGUCGCUGUGUCCUCUGCAAGGGUGAAAUUGCAUCGCUGGUCCACCAUAAGUUAAACACGUUGAUGAUGUCCGUUUGAUGUCCAUGCAAGUUCCACAUUUCACUACUCAAGGUGCAUCACUUUGCCUCAGGUACCACUUACCGCACAGUGUUGUCACAUUCUGCCCUUAACAGAAAUGCAAAUAUUUUUUUGUCACUUUAUACUAUAGCACCAAAUGUUUUAUUUGUUUUUGUGUUUCCGUAUCUUAUGUCAUGUUUUAUUUGUUUUAAUUUUAAAGCUUCUAAUCUGUUACAAUUUUUACGAGGAAUGUCAUUUUGUUCAUGUUUAAUUUUGUAAUAUUUCAAAAUGAAUUAUGGAAAAAUAAAUCUCUUUAACAUCUAUACCUCACUGCGUCCGUAACCGAUUUCUAGUUUGAACUGUAAUAGCAUAAAAUCUACUUUUUUGAGUUGUGUAACCCUUUACUUGACAUCUACCCAAUAUCACCUUUGCAUUCAAGAAACAGCAUAAAUACUAUGCAAAAAAGACAACGUAGACCUUGAGGAAAAAAGCCACUCUUUAUCCUGUAAACCACUGACUGUUUAAAAUUAAUUUAAUAAAGGUUUAACAGCUGGAAUUCAUCUAUUUUAACCCCUCCCUCAAUUGUAUGGUAUGUGUAGGUCUGUAAAGUUAAUGUAUCACUUGCUUGUAUGAUUAUAUAUUAUCUUGCUUUAACUGUUCCAUUAUGAUUGAAGUGGGAUCAACUUGUGUGUCAGUCCUACUGUGCAUAUCAGCAUAACAAUGGCUAUUAGUGUGACAGAUAUGAGUGCUUACAUAGUUAACAUCGGAUGAAGUGUGUGUGCGUGCGCAAUGUUGGGGGUAGGUGGUUGUUAAUAGGGGUGGUAUGGUGGUAAUAUGGGGUGAAAUCACCCCCCACUGAUAAUGACUCCUACUGUGCAUUUUAUAGAAUGUUAAAGUGUCACAUAUUCACAUGUUAAAGUGUUUCUUUCUCUCAUAUUUCUGCUUCUCCACACAGCCUCAUCCUCAAUCUCAUUUCAUCUUACUCAUGCUUUUUCUGCUCCCCUGAACAGCCUCACCAUUUACGUUAUGUUAUGUUGGUAGCCUGUACAUGCAGUAUGUUAAAGUUGUUGUUUUUUUACAUUCCAAAUGCAGUUUUUUUGUUGUAUAACUUGCACAUCA